AUGAUCGGAGAACUGAUUGAAUUGCAAACACUUGAAGCAUCGGAUGAUCGAAUAUGGUGUGUAGCUUGGAAUCCAACAGGCACAUUACUUGCUUCAUGUGGUUCAGACAAAAUUAUCAAACUUUGGGGACGUGAAGGAGAACGAAAUUGGAUAUGCAAAAGUACAAUGACCGAUAGUCAUACGCGAUCAAUUCGUUCUGUAGCUUGGUCAUAUUGCGGUAAUCGUCUUGCAUCAGGUGGUUUCGAUGCUAAAGUAUCAAUAUGGGAAAGACAAGGUCAAGAAUUUGUCUUACAAACAACAUUAGAGGGUCAUGAGAAUGAAGUUAAAGAUGUUGCUUUUUCACGUAGUGGACUUUAUUUGGCAACUUGUGGUCGAGAUAAAAGUGUUUGGAUUUGGGAAUAUAAUGAGGAAGAAAAUGAUUUUGCUUGUGCUGCUGUUUUAACAACACAUACACAAGAUGUCAAAAAUCUAAAAUGGCAUCCACAAAAAGAUAUUUUAGCUUCAUGUAGUUAUGAUGAUACAAUUAAAAUAUAUAUUGAAGAUAGUGAUGAUUGGUCUUGUGCAUCUAGCUUAGAGUCACAUACAUCAACAGUUUGGGCAUGUGAUUUUGAUGCUACGGGAAAACGACUUGUUUCAUGUAGUGAUGAUAAAACAGUUAAAAUAUGGCAAGCUUAUGAAAAAAAUAAUCAACAAGGUAUUCGUUCAACAAAUGGUGUUUAUCCAGUAUGGAAGUGUGUAUGCACGAUUAGUGGCUAUCAUAAACAACCUAUUUAUGAUGUUAAAUGGUGUCCUCUAACUGGUUUGAUUGCUACAGCUUGUGGUGAUAAUAGUAUACGUAUUUUUCGUGAAGAAGAAACAAAACAAACAGAUGCUCUACCAAGUUUUUCAUUGAUUGCUUCGAAUACCCAUGCUCAUUCACAAGAUGUUAAUCGACUAUCAUUUAAUCCGAAAGAAGCUGGUUUAUUAGCAUCAUGUUCUGAUGAUGGUACGGUUAAAUUAUGGCGAAUUGAACAAAAACUUAUAUGA